AUGGUGAAAGUGACAGAGACAGAGGACCCAGAUACACACAACGAUGGCAGAAUUGAGAAUGAGCACUCAGAGAAGAAAGAGAAGCUAGAGAAUGAGGUCUGCGUGAAGAAACAGAAGGAGUGCGCUCCAGUUGGAGGGUAUAGAGCUUCUCGUCUAGAAGACGGAAAAGAAGAAGAAACGGGAGCAGCCAGUGGCAGGGCACCAACCCGAAACUGCCUAUCGCCAACUACUACUGGAGGAGAGGGGAGAAAGAGAACCAACAGAUCCAGGCGGCGUGUAUGUGAGGCGCUGGGCUCCGUUGGAAGCUUAUUCUUGAAGAAUCGGCUGGUGGAGUUGUCGUCGUUUACUAGCCGAUGCUACACUGUUUCUCUCGUCCUCUUCUUCGUUUUUUCUCUGUGA